GGCGGAACGUUGGAGUUGGCUGUACGGCAGGAUCUAGAGAGUAGGGCGCUAAUGGCGUUUCGGGACGUUUAAGCAGCCGUCUGGGACUCCGGGUUGUGUUACGGAAAGCGGGAGAGCGCCCCUUCAAGAUUAUGGCUGCAGCUACGAUAGUGCAUGAUACAUCGGAAGCUGUAGAGCUGUGUGGCUCUUGUGGGCUUUACUUGAAGCCUAUCACAAAGAUGAUUAUCAGCGUGGCACUACCGCAGCUGAAGCAACCUGGAAAGUCCAUAUCUAACUGGGAAGUAAUGGAACGUCUGAAAGGCAUGGUGAACAACCAUCAAUUUUCCACCUUACGCAUUUCAAAAAGCACCAUGGACUUCAUCAGAUUUGAAGGGGAAGUAGAGAACAAAAGUUUAGUAAAGACUUUUCUAGCAGCUCUUGAUGGGAAGAGUAUAAAGCUAAGUGGGUUCUCUGAUAUAUUGAAAGUCAGAGCGGUUGAGUACAAAUUAGACUUUCCCACCAGACAUGACUGGGAUUCUUUUUUCCGUGACGCAAAAGAUAUGAAUGAGAGCCUUCCAGGAGAAAGACCUGAUACAAUUCAUUUGGAAGGCCUGCCUUGCAAAUGGUUUGCGUUGAAGGAUUCUGGCUCAGAAAAGCCAAAUGAAGAUGUUCUUAUUAAGGUUUUCAAUUUGUUUGGGGAAAUUCGGAUGGUGGACAUACCUAUGCUGGAUCCCUACAGAGAGGAAAUGACAGGCAGGAGUUUCCAUACUUUUAGCUUUGGUGGCCACUUGAACUUUGAAGCCUACGUACAAUACAAGGAAUAUGUAGGAUUUGUAAAAGCCAUGAACGCACUGCGUGGUAUGAAACUUAUGUACAAAGGCGAAGAUGGGAAAGCUGUGGCCUGCAAUAUUAAGGUCUCUUUUGACUCAACCAAACACCUAAGUGAGGCAUCUAUUAAAAAGCGCCAACUAGAAAGGCAGAAACUGCAGGAACUGGAACAACGCAGAGAAGAGCAGAAACGAAAAGAAAAGGAAGCAGAGGAGAGACAAAAAGAGGAAGAGCGUAAGCAGAAGGAGCUGGAAGAAGUAGAGAAAGAACGAAAGCGCAUUGAGAAAAUCAGACGGAAAGAAGAGAAACAGAAAGAGCGAGAAGCACGACGAAACAAAAAGAAAUUACAGAAAAUCCAGGCUGAGGAACAAAAAAAAUUGCAAGAGAAAAUCAGAUUUGAAGAGAGAAGACUCUUAUUGGCUCAGAGGAAUUUGCAGUCCAUCAGGAUAAUUGCAGAGUUGCUAAGCCAAGUUAAGGCAACAAAGCUCAAUGAGCAGGAAGAGAUGGAAGCAGAACGAUUGCGCCUACUUCAGUUAGAAGAACGAAGAAAGGAACAGGAGGCAGAACUUAAGCGUGUGGAAGAAGAAAAGCAACGGGCUCUUGGGCUUCAGCGCAAAGAAAGAGAAUUAAGAGAAAAGCUUGUAAAAAGUUUUCUUAAUAGAAGUAUGUGUUCUGACCAUCAAAAGCAAGACCAGUGCAGUCCAGUCCUUUGUUUCCCACUUAAACCUAAUGAAGAUACACAUCAGGAACCACGAAACUAUGUCACAUCUACCUCCACUCAAACGCCUUCAGGCAAUGAGCCCCUUAAGUUACACAGUCUCUAUGCAAAUUCAACGACUAAAAAUGGAGUUUGUUGUGAAAUGUCUGCUCUGCAGGAGUAUAAGCAAGCCAGUGUUAUCCCUGGACACGUUAUGUCUUUGCACAGCAUUCUGGGUAACAGUGCUCAGCAUAACACAUCAGUUAAUGUUCAAAAUUGCAGCUUGAAAGAAUCAGAAGUUCACAAAAAUGGAACUGAACAGGAAGAAAAAGAACAGCAGACAUUUGAAAUACACUGUCAAACCGAGGACAAAGCACGCAAGCAUAAGUCAAAACACAAACGUGAUGUAAGCAGUGAUGUUGAUGGACGUAAAAAAGUAAAGAAGUCCAACAAAACCCAUUUUUCCGGAGACCGCAGCCCACGCCAACAAAGUAGUGGCAGCCCUAAAUUUUCCAAACAUAAAAGUAAACAUCUAAAGGACAGACAUGAUCAUAAACGUAAAAGGCAUCGUAGAAGAUCCUACAGUAGAGAGAGGGAAUCCUGGAGUAGCUAAAAUGACCAAUUAAUGCAUGGCUCUUGGACAGGGGACCUCAGGCUAUUUCCGUAUAAUUAAUGCAUUAAAUAGUGACUCUUUUAUGUUUUAUUUUAAAGUGGUCAACAUUUUAAUUUCAAUGUCAUUUUAAUGUCUUUGUUUCUUUAAAGGGUUUCAAGGGGAAAUACUUUGGAUAUCUUUAUUGAUCUGUCCUUAAAAUACAUGCUUAUUUGGUGCUCUUUAA